AUGACUAUUUCAUCACUUGUAUCAAGACCGAUAAUUCGUACUAAACUGGUACUAAAUAUGCAGAUAAACAUCAGCAGUACUCCGGAGAUAUUAACGACACAGGAAGCUCUGUCGGGAAUUUUUGGCAGCAUCAGCCUGGCGACAUGGAUCUUUUUGCUGGUUCCACAGCUAGUCCUUAACUAUCGAACUUCAAGUGCUGAUGGCAUAUCUCUUGGCUUCUUGGCUGUGUGGCUGAUUGGUGAUAUAGCCAAUCUUUCAGGUGCAGUUUGGGCGUCACUUGUACCAACCGUCAUCGUUUUGGCUUGCUACUACAUUGCGACAAAUUUAAUUCUUAUCUCUCAAACAAUUUAUUACCAAAGAUUCCGAGCCAAAGGCAGUAAGCUGUCUGCUUCGGCUUUUCCCGAUUCGGCAGCUGAAGAAGCUCCACUGCUCGCACAAACUCCUAUUACAGACCCAAUCGUCCUUGUUGGCCAUCAAAAAUGUAAUUCUUUCUGGGCAGCUCUCUACAAUAGUCUUGCUAUCCUCUCUGUCACUGCCACUGGCAUCAUUGGCUGGUCCAUUGCUUACUAUCUCGAGAUCUGGGUCCCCUCCCCUCUUCCCGAAGAGACCCUUUCCUUCACCGAAACGUCGUCUGCCCCAAUUGGCGCUGAGAUUCUAGGAUACAUUAGCUCUAUCUUCUAUCUAAGCGCGCGCCUCCCUCAGAUAAUCAAAAAUUAUCGCAACAAGUCCUGUGAUGGUCUUGCACUUCUAUUUUUUCUGCUUAGUCUUUUUGGAAAUGCUACAUAUGGUCUAAGCAUCCUGAGUCAUUCACUACAAAAGAAUUAUCUCAUAAUCAACCUACCAUGGUUAAUUGGAAGUCUAGGAACCAUGUUUGAGGAUUCUAUAAUCUUCUACCAGUUUCACAUCUACACCAAACCGAAGCGAACGAUCCCUAGUUCUGGUCCAGCUCCUUCAGAUACUUAA